ACAAAAGAUGCGCUCAGGGCAGACAGCUGAUGACGUGGCAGGUGCCUGGCUGCUGCUCAGAGAGGAGUCAGAUUAGUGGAGCUGCAGCUGAAUUCUGACUCUGGUGUCACUGUGUGGUCCUGUAUGAUGGAAUUGGAGCCUUCACCCAAAGCCACGGAGUACCUACACACCCUCAAUACACACGCUGAGCACCUUCUUUCCCAGAUAAACAAAAUGCGCCUUCAGUUGGAGUUCUGCGACGUGCAGAUACAGAUCGGAGAAACUGUGUUUGCAGUGCACAAGCUGGUGCUGGCUGCCAGCAGUCCGUACUUUGCCGCAUUGCUUGCUGGGGGCAUGAAGGAGGCAUCAAAUGAUGUGGUACAGAUUCAGGGACUGGAGCCAAGCAGCUUUCAGCUCCUACUGGACUUCAUUUACACAGGCUCGGUGAGCAUUAGUGGAGAGAACGUACAAGAGUUGAUGACGGCAGCAGACAUGCUUCAGCUGAGCAAUGUAGUAGACCUGUGCUGUGACUUCCUAAAGGACCAGAUUGAGCCAGGCAACUGCGUAGGCUUUUUCCAAUUCUCUGAGCAGCUAGCUUGCCAAUCACUGGUCGAUUUCACGGAGAGCUACAUCCACACACAUUUUCCAGAGGUAAAGAUGGGGGAUGAAUUUCCGACUCUUACAAAAGACCAGCUGAUCCGUAUCUUGCGCAGUGAAGAACUCUGUAUUGAGGAUGAACAUCAAGUCUUCUCUGCUGCCUUGACUUGGAUCCAGGGGGACAUUGGAACACGCAAGAGGCAUGUAGUUGAGGUACUGGAACCAGUGCGCUUCUCAUUGCUUCCACCACAAAGACUUCAAAAAAGCAUUGAAGAUGUGACUGAUUUCAACUUGCGGGUGGCUUUGCAGACUCUGCUGAGGGAAUAUUACGAGCCAUGCCCCUCGCCUAAAGAUAAGAAGCACUGCAACUCUCUACAAGCAUCUCGUGUUCGUCCACGCAGAAAAGCUCGUAAAUUCCUCUAUUCCAUUGGUGGCUAUAUUCGCCUGCAGGGGGCGCGAUGGAGUGACAGCCGAGCUCUGAGCUGUGUGGAACGUUUCGAUACUUUCAGCCAAUACUGGAGCACCAUCUCAUCUCUGCACCAAGCUCGCAGCGGCAUGAGUGUGGCCGUAUUGGACGGGAAGAUAUAUGUUAUCGGAGGUGAAAAAGAUUCCAUGAUCUUUGACUGUGUUGAGUGCUAUGACCCAGUGACUAAGCAGUGGACUGCAGCUUCCUCCAUGAACCAACCACGCUGUGGGCUCGGAGCCUGCGCCUGCCAUGGUGCCAUCUAUGCUCUGGGUGGCUGGGUCGGAUCUGAAAUUGGAAAUGGCAUUGAGCGUUUUUCACCAGAGGAGAAUGCGUGGCAGAUCGUAGGAAGUAUGUCCGUGGCCAGAUAUAACUUUGCCUGCUGUGAAAGAGAAGGACUUAUCUAUGUGGUUGGUGGUGUCAGCCAUGAAGGGAUAGAAUUGACCACAGCCGAGGUAUAUGACCCCAUUGCCAGGCGUUGGACCUCUUUACCGCCAAUGCGUUACUGUAGGGCCUACCUGGGGGUUGCGGCUUUAGAUGACUGUCUAUAUGCCGUGGGUGGCUGGAACGAGAGACAGGACGCGCUCAAUAUUGUGGAGAGGUUCUCAUUUGAAGAGGAGCAAUGGGUGGAGAUUGCAUCAAUGAAGCAGCCCAGAGCGGGGGUAUCGGUGAUUAGCGUCAAUGGGUUGCUGUAUGCGGCAGGCGGUCGAGCCACCAUUCAGAACUUCUCUGCUCCAGUUACAUCCGACUCUGUGGAGGUUUAUAAUCCACACACAGAUUCCUGGACUGAAAUCAGCAACAUGAUUACCAGCCGGUGCGAGGGGGGGUUGGCUGUUCUCUGACAAACAUCCUGAAAGUAAUAUGCUUCUAUUGACUUUGAAAUUGCUUGUGCAAACAAAGAGCACUUCCAAACACUCUGUAUCUCCCAAGCUUCUCACUGGAGGCACAGACAUCCUGCUUCUCAAGGCUAAUGUGAGAGUCAAAAUUCCCCUGGUUUAAAAAGGAGCUGAUUACUUCUUAUUACCUGGCAUUUAGCAAUUGGAAUACGGUCAUAGACUUUGUUACAAACUACUGCGAUGGUUUAACCAAGCAACAAGGCACUUUUAAUGAUCUAAGCUACCUGGUAGUAACUCCUGAUGGCACUUAUCAACUGAAAGAAGAAAAGAAAAAAAAGUCUUUCAUUGAGAAAUUAUUUGUAAAACUCCAUCAUUGAAAUACAUGUGGGUGACAGGGUCCACUUUAUACAUUGAUUUACCUAUUUAAAGAUCACUUCUACCUCCUCCAAGAUGGCUACUGUAAAAAGCAGCCAAGAGCAAUGUACCUUCACAUAGGACUAUUGGUGUCCUGUAACUAUAUUUGACGUAGAAUUGCUUAAUAAAUGAAUAGUUCAAUCAAUAAAAUUGAUAAUCAAUAGAAUUUAUUAAAUGGGGGCUCGGCCCAAGUCC